UUCAACUUACACCAAACAUUUCCAAAUUGUGUCACCAUCAAAACCGCCUCUCCACUAUUAAUAUCUCUCUUCCAAACCUUAAAAAAACUCAAACACUGCAAAAAUUGAAAAUCCCAAUUCCAAAUGAGAGGAGCAAGAAUCCCAAACAGCCCCUCAUCACCACCAUCACAAGACGGGUGCAUCAGAGACCAAGAGAGGCUCCUUCCGAUCGCGAACGUGAGCCGGAUCAUGAAGAAAACCCUCCCCGCAAACGCCAAGAUCUCCAAGGAAGCCAAGGAGACCGUGCAGGAAUGCGUGUCGGAGUUCAUCAGCUUCGUGACGGGGGAGGCCUCGGAUAAGUGCCAGAGGGAGAAGCGGAAGACUGUCAACGGCGAUGAUCUGCUGUGGGCCAUGACUACCCUUGGAUUCGACGACUAUGUUGUGCCUCUUAAGGACUAUCUUAGUAGUUAUAGAGAGAGCGAAGGGGAGACGAGGGAAAAGAGCGAGAAGAACGAAAGAGUCUUUCGUUCUUCUUCUGCUUCGUCUCCUUGUGAAGUUGAUUUUGAUGCUGAGAAGAUAGCUUCAAACCCUAGUUUUUUGCAGGGUUUUGGGAGUGGUGGUGGUGUGUUGAUUGAAUUUGGUGGCGGGAGAGUUAUGGCGGAGGGUGGUGGUGUUGAGUGGUGAGAUAUUAACUUUGAGAUGAAUUGAAGAUGAAUUAUAUUGUUUCUACUAUAAAUUACUAGGACUAUGUACUAAAUGAAGAAUUCAGUUAACAUGUAUGUUGAUUAGUUUGAUUUUCA